UUAGGUAAAGCCUUGACCACACUGAAAGUGGGUUCAAAACCAUGGCAACGACAAGAAUGAGGCAAAACACGGAUUGUGAACAGUGCAAUGGCUUCUUUUUAGUGCGCUGCUGAAGGCGACGCGCAUUUGCAUAAGAUUUGUAUUCUGUUAUUGGCGUUUCUCCGCCAAUACUGUUCCUCACGAGACUGGAUUGAGGUUAUAUUUAGGCUCGCGGAGAAAACAGCGUGUUGGGUGAUUCCUCUGAAUGGUUGCUUGGUUUUUGUCAAGGACCUGCUGGUGGAGAAUUGCUGCAGAAGUGAGGAGGAGGAGGGCGGCGAGGGGGGAUGGCCGCUGCACAUCAAUACCAAAAUAGGAUAGAGCUGCCCGCGACAGUCCUGCACGAGCUAAAUUGAGGUCCGUGUGUUGUUGUUUUUGAAGAGCGUUCAAAGAGAGGACGCACUGUCAAGCGUUGAACAACACCGGGACAAUCGUGGAAAUAUGAUGAGAGGUAAUGUAGCCUUCUAUUUAUGAAUAAAAUGGUAAACACAGCUAUUGACACCACACGUUUGCAUGUGUUCUCCCAUAGAUACUAUGUCACUUAAGCAAGCUGAAAUUUACGCAUACGACUUCUGUGACGGCGACCACCCCGCGGAGCUCCUGGACGCCCUGAGACAUUUCUACAUCGGUGGCCUGUUCACCGACGUGGCUCUGCAAUGUGGCGACUCCGGGCAGGUGUUCCACUGCCACAAGGCGCUGCUGUCAGCCCGCAGCUCCUAUUUCAAAGUCAUGUUCACGGCCGACAUGAGGGAGAGGUCGAACGGUGUCGUCAAGCUCACCGGGGUGGACUGCGGGGUCCUGAGCGCGCUGGUGAACUACGUGUACACCGCUCAGCUGAGCAUCACGCAGGGGAACGUGCAGAGCCUGCUGGAGGCCGCCGACCUGCUGCAGUUCGUCUCUGUGAAGCGAGCGUGCGAGGAGUUUCUCGUGCGCCUCCUGGAUGUGGACAACUGCUUGGGGAUGCACGCUUUUGCCGAGCUGCACCUGUGCGCCGGCCUGGAGAGGGAGGCCCGCAGGGUGAUGCUGAGCAGGUUCACGGAGCUCAUCCAGCAGGAGGAGUUCCUGGAGCUGGAUGUCGGGAAGGUGAGAUCGGUGUUGGCUGCUCAGAACCUCACCGUGCAGAGGGACGAGGUGUUGAUAGAUGCCGUAGCCAAGUGGGUGACCCAUGACUUGGAUAAUCGCGUUCACUGUUCUGCAGAGUUGCUGCACUCCAUCCAUCUGGACCUUGAUGAGAUGUACUUCAAGGCUACAUUAGAGUUGCACAGACAACGCUUGCCGAGCAGUGGAGACAUUUUUAAAUCUGUGAUCGUUCAGGCUUUAAGGUCCAGUGGCAAAGACGUGUCCGCAAGCAGGAAAAUGUCUUCCAGCAUGUAUGUCAUCGGUGGAUAUUACUGGCACCCUCUUUGUGAGGUCCACAUCUGGGAUCCUAUCAGCAACACCUGGGUGCAAGGAAAAGACAUGCCUGACCACUCCAGAGAGAGCUACAGCGUCAGUUUACUUGGAGCAAAUAUCUAUGUGACCGGUGGUUACAGGACAAACUCUGUCGAGGCUCUGGACACGGUUUCGGUUUAUAACUGUGACUAUGAUGAAUGGACCGAGGGCUGCCCCAUGAUCACUGCUAGAUACUACCAUUGCUCUGUGGCGUUGCAUGGCUGUGUUUAUGCCAUCGGAGGAUACAGAGGAGGAGCUCCAGAGCAAGAGACAGAAUGUUAUGAUCCCUUGAAAAAGAAAUGGUCCCCUUUGGCCAAAAUGAUCCAAGGUGUAGGAAAUGCCACUGCCUGCGUGAUGGGAGAUCAAAUCUAUGUGACCGGAGGUCACUAUGGGUACAGAGGAAACUGCACCUAUGAAAAAAUCCAAGUCUACAAGCCUGAUGUCAAUGAGUGGAGUAUCAUUACAAUAAGUCCUCAUCCAGAGUACGGGCUGUGUUCUGUGUCUCUCAACAACAAGCUGUAUUUGGUGGGUGGACAGACGACUGUCGCAGACUGCUACGACAUAGAGAGAGACGAAUGGAGACCAAUAUCAUUGAUGAAGGAGAGGCGGAUGGAGUGUGGGGCGGUGGUCAUUAAUGGUUGUAUUUAUGUAACAGGGGGAUACUCCUACUCAAAAGGGACUUAUCUGCAGACCAUUGAGAAAUACGACCCUGAGCUGGACUCGUGGGAGAUUGUGGGGACUCUUCCAAGCCCAGCCAGAUCACAUGGAAGUGUUUGUGUUUACAGUGUUUAGUGUCAAACCCUCAUCACAUCAUUUUGUGCCAAAAUGAAUCAGAUUGUGAACUGUACUCUGUCAAAGUCUGCAAAUGUCAGAUACUAUCACACAUGUCAAGUUAGCCCAGUAUAACGGCUGUUAAUAGAGAGCUACCCAUUUGCCAAAGUGUGAAUAUAACAACAAGCAUUUCACUUAAACUCAGGGGCUUCAUCAUUAGCACUUUACUUGUAAGUAUUUCUGUUUUUAUAGAUGAAAGAAAAUACUGAAAAGAGAAAAAAGAUGACUGUAUAUGAGUAUUAUUCAAAUCCACUUUAUAUAUAUAUAUGCAAAACCCAUCUCACUGAUGUACUAGGAUACUCUAAAUAAUAAUUUCCCUUUAUUGAUAGAAAUGUACUAUUACUUGAUUUAAUAAAUCACUACCACUAUGAUGGGAUUUCUGCCUGAAUUCAUAGUGAGCUCCAUAUAUACGUUUUAUCACAUUGUUUCUAAACAGUCACUGUGAGAUUUUUGUUUGGCUCCAUCCUAUAUAGACUGUCAGCUUUUAUAUAACAUUUGAUAUAAGUUAUAGUGUAGAGGCAAGGCAAAUGCAUUUGUAGAGCAAUUUUCAGCAAAAAGGCAAUUAAAGGUGCUUUACAAUAUAACAAAUCUACUAUUACAAAAUUGUAAUUUGGGAUCAUAAGAGAACACAGGUGCUCUUGAUUGCUUGCUUCAAAAAGAGAACGAGAAUGUGUUUGUUUCCCGAAAACAAAUUCACAAAAAAGUCUCCUCAUGUUUGAUCUUUUUUUUCUUUAAUUUAUUUUCAGCUAAUGGAGUGAGAAAACUGCUCACACAUUUCGGCUUGAAGCUUUGAUCAGAGCAUAUAACAUGUAACGGCAGACUCUUUUUUUCCAUUGGACAUCAAUCAACACUAAAACAAUUUCACCUUUACACAUGUGACCAGUGGUGAAAGAAGUACUCAAAUAUUUCAGUAAAAGUAGCAAUACCACAGUGUAAAAACCCCCACAUCUGUUUCAAGUAAAAGCCAUGCAUUCACAAUUUGAAAAGUACUUCAAAAUAUACAAUACAAUUAAAAAUAGUUACAUUUUAAGAAUAAAAUACAACAAUUAAAAU